UCAGUAUUAUGAUAAUCUAAGGGUUGAGAGAGCCAGUAUGGAGUUGCUAGAGACUGCUGACGAAAGGAUUGAAAAAUUACCCUAAUUAAGACUGCCACGCGACACCACAAACUACGUAGGUGUUCGAAAAGAUGGCUAGUCCUCGAACACGAAGGGCUUUAAAAGAACUUAAACCAAAAGAUGGAAAUAAUACGUGUUUCGAGUGUGGGGCACACAAUCCCCAAUGGGUAAGCGUUACGUAUGGCAUAUGGAUUUGCCUUGAAUGCUCGGGAAAGCAUCGUGGAUUAGGAGUACAUUUAAGUUUUGUCAGAUCAGUUACAAUGGACAAAUGGAAAGAUUCUGAACUGGAAAAAAUGAAGGUUGGUGGAAAUGAUAAAGCAAAGUCAUUCUUCAAGUCUCAGCCAGAUAUCCAUCCAGGAAUUUCACUUUCUGAAAAGUAUAACUCAAAGGCUGCUGCCCUUUAUAGAGAUAAGAUCACUGCUUUGUCAGAAGGACAGUCAUGGUCYCCUGAGACUUCCUCAGCAAAGAAUUGGACUCCUCCUCUCCAUAAAAGUGCAAGCAGCUCAAACAUGUCAAGCAGAGGUAUAUCAUCAAGUGGAAUGCAUCAUAGUGACUCAACACCUAACUUUAUGGGUUUGUCAAGGCAAGAAAUAAAUUCCCAAAGAGAUGAGUUCUUUAGCCGUAAACAAGAGGAAAAUGCAUCUAGGCCAGAUGACCUGCACCCAAGUCAAGGUGGCAAGUAUGUUGGGUUUGGAUCAGCACCUAUGACAGUUUCAAAUACAAAUGCCAACUCUGGUUGGGAUAUGGCACUAAGCUCAUUGUCAUCUGGAUGGACUUCUUUUGCUUCUGGGGCUGCACAGCUGGCUUCAACAGCUUCAACACAGGCAAUCAAACUUGGCACUACAUUGAAUGAAAAUGUGGUGAAACCUACUGCAGAUAAGGCUGUCAAACUUGGAUCCACUAUCAAUGAAUCUGUUGUUAAGCCAACUACUAAUAAAGUUCAAGAAGGAAAGCUCUUUGAAGACAUGACAUCUUCCAUGUCAAGUUUAGCAACCAAAAUGAAAGAUGCCAGUGCCAAAAGUUGGUCAACUGUUCAAAAUGCAAGCACUAAAGGCUGGAGUAGCAUCCAGACAUACAUGAACCAAAACCCUGAGACCCUGAAAAGCAGUAGUUACUCUGCAGGAAGCUAUGGAAGUAUGAAUGAACCUACUAAUAUCAACAUCAAAUAUGAUGACACAAAUGAAGAUUUCUGGGCCUGGGGAGAAACAUCUUCGACAUCUCAAGGUACUACAAGUGUUUCUAAUGGAUCAAGAACUGAACAAAAGAACAGUGGUGGUAGUAUACGGAAGGAGCCCAGUAAUGACUUUGAUGAAUCUUGGGGUUGGGAUGAUGAAUUUACUGCUAAACCUGCUAAACCAAAGACUGUGAAUGGUAAAAAAUCACCUAAUUUAAAAACCAAGAAAAAUAUUCAAGAAACUAAUGGUUGGAAUGAUGAAGAUGACUGGGGACAGAGUGAUAGCUGGAGUAAUGAGGACUGGACUUCUGUUACUCCACAGAAAAACACUAGAAAGACUAUAAGAAGUGCUGGCAAUGGCAAAAAAGCUGAUUGAUACUAAAUUAUUGACUGGAAUUUUAAAUUGGGUUUUACUCUAGGUCUAAUAACCAGGGAUAUCUAAAUCUAUUAUUCUCAUGACGUUUUGUGGAAUUCAUCCUAUUUUUAUAGCCAGCUUAGAUUGGGACAAUACAUGUACAAUUGCAAAUACACUGUAAAGAAUUGUAUCUUAGCUGCUGUUUUAGAAUUAUAGCUGCAGGAAUGGCUAUCAAAGGCUCCUAUAUCAGACAUUAUUUGUUUCAUCGUCUUGUAAAUGGAUAUCUGACAGUGAAACAACACAUUCAUCAAAUAAAGCAGCUGAUAGAGGGAUCUAGUAAGCUACUUUGAUGCCAUUAAAGAUAAUUAGAGAUUACAGAAUUAUUAUUCAUUCCGGCAUUCAUUUUAGAUUUGGUAAUCAAACAAGAAAUGUUUAAUAACUGUAAUCCGUCAAACAGUAAAAAGGACUGAAACAAUAUGUGCCCUUGGCAUUGUUCAAGUGCCACCAAGAGCACAAUUUUUUCCUCAAACAUUGUAGCCUGUGUAUAUCCUGUGUUUAACUACAAAGAUUGUUUUGGUGUAGCCUGCGUGCAGUUGAACCAAAUCUGUUGUUGURCUCAACAACUCAACAACAGUUUUGGUUCGGAUGCAAGCAGGCUAUUUUGAUGCUCAAACAUUUUUGUUUUACCACCUUGUUUUGAAAAUGUUGUUUAUGAUCCRUGCAUCAAAGCAUGUGUCUGUAGUGUACAAAUUUGCUACUAGUAUAUUUUUCCACUACCUUGGGAGGGAACAAGAAGUGUCAACUAAACACAGGCUACCUUCAAUUGAAUUGUUUGAAGAGAUUUCAAGGGAGUAAUCUGGUUUCACUUACAUGUAUUCAGCGAGUUUUGAGUUAUUACYGACUAGGAUAACUGAAAAAAAAAUCAUACACUAAACAGACAAUCGUGCAAGAAUCCAAUAAAGUUUGAUGAAAAUGCCA